GCUCCAUCUCUUCAGAGAGACGCCCGGGCAUCAGUCGGCCCCCUCCCCGCCGUGUCUUGGAUCAUCUAGCUUCUCAUCAGACAGAUAAAAGCUCUUGUGGAACCCCCAUGAGAGGUCCCUCCGUUUCCUGAAACAGAACCAGGACUGACGAUCCAGAGGCGCCACCUGAUUCCCAGGAGGUCUCAUGAUGCCCCACACCUUCCAGCAGAAAAAAGCCCAGCAGAUGCUCCUCCUGUACCAAGGAGUGAACGGGAUGAGAAAAGAGGGCGACCCCAUGGUCUGGAAUCACCACAAACAAGGCUUCCAAGAACUUGAUAAAAUGGCUUGCGCAGCAGACAGCUGCAUACAGUUUACGCGCCACGCCAGCGAUGUCCUCCUCAACCUGAACCGGCUCCGCAGCAGAGACAUCCUCACAGAUGUUACCAUCCUGGUCAACAGGCAGCAGUUUCGUGCACACAAGACUGUUCUCAUGGCUUGCAGUGGGCUGUUUUACUCUAUCUUUACUGACUCCCACAAGUGCAACCUUAAUGCCAUCAGUCUGGACCCGAAGGUGGACCCUGAGGGCUUUGCCAUCUUGCUGGAGUUCAUGUACACCUCCCGUCUCACACUAAAGGAGAGUCUCAUCAUGUCCAUCAUGAACACAGCCAUCUAUUUGCAGAUGGACCACGUCGUGGACACUUGCCACAGAUUUAUCAAAUCCAGCGACCCGUCGGCCAAGCUGCCCAGGGAUGAGUUUUUGGUCAGUCCCCUGGUGUUGCCUCAGGACGUCCAUGCAUACCGGCCCCACGACGUCGUUGACAGUUUGCACAGCCGCCUGGCUCCGUUCAGGGACGGGAGGCCCUACGGCACAAACAUGUUCGGCGGCGUCAGCACUCCUAGUAACUACCACCUCUACGGGCAGUUUCCCAUGCCGGGGUUUCCGUUCCCGCUCUGCAAGCUGACUGAUACCAAAAAUGCUUUUAGUGACCUCUCAAAGAGCGCCAUCCACCACAAACACUGUCCCCCACACGACGGCGCCAACGGCAUCAGGGCAGACUACGUCAGGGCACUUAGCACCGGCUCUUCUGGCAUUAUUCACUCCACCACCUUCGCUUCCAGGGAGAUGGGGAGAGACGACGAGAUGAGGAAGGAGGGCCACGAGGGCCAGCCCAUCGGCCUCAGCUCAAGGAAGCGUGCGUUCCCUGUGCUGACCCUUGAGCACCAGAAAGACUCGAGCAAAGAGCACGCUUCGCCGGCAGAUGAUGACCUCAUCCAUCAGCACUAUCCUUUGGGAAUCUCUUCCGUCGGGCGCAAGAGUCUCAUGAGUAGCCCCCAGAGCCCCCUCAAAUCAGACUGCCAGCCCAACUCACCGACAGAGUCCAGCAGUAGCAAGAACGCCAGCCUCUCCCACGUCGGUGGGGGGCAGGCAACACAGGGUACGCCGGACCCCAAGGCUCGCAACUGGAAGAAGUACAAGUUUAUCGUGCUGAACCAGAGCGCGAAAGAGGACGAGGCGGGGCUGAGGGAUCCCGGUCUCCGCUCCCCUCAGCGCCUCGGCAUGCAGCCCUACCUUCACCCUGGCGACUCUGACAGCCUCGACGCUCAGACCACAAGUAAGAGCAGCGAUCACAGCGAGGACCUACCUGUGCCGCAGGCCAGCCGACUCAACAACAUCAUUAACAGUGCACUCGAGGGGUCCCUAAGGAACGGUGACGGCCACCCUCCCCACUACCUGAACCGCCUCGGCUGCUCUACCUGCGGCUCCCAGUCCCCCCAGCACUCCACCGUCUGUCCCAACAACCCCAGGUCCCGCCUCUCCGAAGACAUGGCCGAGCUCCACUCCGAGUAUUCCGACUCCAGCUGUGAAAACGGUACCUUCUUCUGCAACGAAUGCGACUCCAAGUUUGCCGACGACGAGUCUCUGAAACAACACAUGCUUCAAGUCCACAGCGACAAGCCAUACAAGUGUGACCGCUGCCAGGCAGCUUUCCGGUACAAGGGCAACCUCGCAAGCCACAAGACCGUCCACACAGGAGAGAAGCCUUACCGCUGUAAUAUCUGCGGUGCCCAGUUUAACAGACCAGCUAACCUCAAGACUCACACUCGCAUCCACUCAGGAGAGAAGCCAUACAAAUGUGAGACGUGUGGCGCUCGUUUCGUACAGGUUGCUCAUCUACGUGCCCACGUAUUGAUCCACACCGGGGAGAAGCCAUACCCAUGUGAGAUCUGCGGGACACGCUUCCGUCACCUGCAGACGCUGAAGAGCCACCUGCGCAUCCACACGGGGGAGAAGCCCUACCAUUGUGAAAAAUGCAACUUGCACUUCCGCCACAAGAGUCAGCUGCGGCUGCACCUCCGACAGAAGCACGGCGCCAUCACUAACACCAAGAUCCAGUACCGCAUGUCCACAGCAGAAAUGCCCACUGACCUGACGAAGGCAUGUUAAGCUAAGCUCAAAGAGUGCAGCGGUUACCGUGGAGGCCAUCUUGGUCCUGGCAUUCAAUGACUCCACCCCCUUCAAAAUUGUACAAUCAUCCAAAAUUGUAGUGCCACACUGUGUUCUUGAGACAAUUAAAUUGACUGUGUUUGCCAUUCUAAACGGGUUUCCACUACAUGUGAUCAUAGAGCCACUAAUGGUAUCUUAGUCACUUUAUGACUUCUAUAUAUAUAUAUCUAAAUAAAUAAAUAAAUAUAUAUAUAUAUAUGUAUGUUGGGAGUGUUUUUAAGCUUUGAAGGUACGUAUAUAAAGCUUUAUUUUGUUGAAGGACAAAAUGUAAACAAUGUGUUUUUGCAAAUACAGUAUUUUAUAUCAGAGAACUUACUUUUCUGAAAGUAUUGACAAUUUUGACAGGUGGUACAUAUAUUUUAAGAAAAAGGAAAAAAAAAAACGGGCUUUGUGGCUAUAUAAAUUUGUCUAGACCUUUUUAAGUGUAUGUACAGACAUGUGGGAUGGGCGGGGUGCAUCUGGGUUCAGUCUAAAACGUCCCGGACGACGGCCG